UGCCACAUUGUUGUUGUUGGCGUUGUUGUAAUUUAAUCAGCAAUAUUUAUAACAACCAGCGAGCAUAUCGUCUUGUUUACUUACGUAGAAUGUGUUCAAUUACGAUCAGUUAGUUACUGAAUUAAAGAGUCAGAGAGCGGUCACAUUUUUCGUCUUGUUCCAUAUUUCUGGCAUUAAAAAUUUUGUAAAAAUAAAGAAAUAAAACUUAAAAUAUGGUCAUUAACUUUGCAGCUGGACCGGCUAAAUUGCCAGAGGAGGUUCUGAAAGAGGUUCAAACCUCGCUAUUGAACUGUCAUGGUACAGGCAUAUCUGUUAUGGAAAUGUCUCAUCGUUCCUCUACGUACGAAAAAAUCCAAAAAGAUGCUAUUAAAUGCCUUCGCGAAAUUCUCAAUGUGCCCUCCAAUUACAAAGUUAUCUUAAUGCAAGGUGGCGGUACAGGGCAAUUUGCUGGUGUAGCUUUCAAUCUGCUAGGUCGCACUGGAGUUGCCGAUUAUGUUGUUACUGGUUCAUGGUCAGCGAAAGCUGCCAAAGAAGCCGCCCAAUACGGCAAGGUAAACAUGGUUUUGCCUAAAGUCGCUAAAUACACGUCAGUGCCGCGUUUUGAAACGUGGAAACUGGAUCCUCAUGCCGCUUACGUUUAUUACUGCGAUAAUGAAACCGUCGACGGUGUUGAAUUUGAUUUUGUUCCAGAAAUAUCGAACGGUAUACCGCUAGUCUGUGAUAUGUCUUCAAAUUUCCUGUCGCGUAAAGUCGACGUCAGUAAGUACGGCGUGAUUUUUGCGGGAGCCCAGAAAAAUAUUGGCCCAGCUGGCAUUACAGUGAUUAUUGCACGCGAAGAUCUUCUUGGUCAUCAGAUGAAAGAGACGCCGUCAGUUUUGAAUUACGCUUUAAUGGAGAAAAAUGAUUCCCUACUAAAUACGCCGCCUACUUUUGUAAUUUACGUGAUGGGUCUUGUAUUCCAAUGGAUUAAAAGAAAUGGAGGCUUGGAGGGCAUGGCAAAAAAUUCUCAUCAAAAAUCGCAUUUAAUCUACAGUAUAAUCGAUCAAUCGAAUGGUUUCUAUUAUUGUCCGGUUGAGAAAAAUGUUCGUUCGCGCAUGAACAUACCAUUCCGAAUUGGUAGCACUCAAGGUGUGGAGACUUUAGAGAAGGAAUUCCUGCAAAAGGCCGAAGCCGAAGGCAUGAUCCAAUUAAAAGGCCAUCGUUCAGUUGGAGGUAUCAGAGCAUCUAUUUACAACGCCGUUACAUUAGAAGAAACGCAAAAAUUAGCUAAACUUAUGAUAGCAUUCUAUGAAAGCCACAAGAAAUAAAUUUUUAUUUAAUUAUGAA